GAAAAGAUUCUCCUGUGGCUUCUUCAGUUCAUGCAGGAACAAGGCAUCUCACUGGAUGAAGUGGACCAGGAUGGCAACAGCGCUGUUCACGUUGCCUCACAGCAUGGCUACCUCGGGUGCAUACAGACGCUGGUUGAAUAUGGAGCAAAUGUCACCAUGCAGAACCAUGCAGGGGAAAAGCCGUCCCAGAGCGCUGAGCGGCAUGGGCACACACUGUGCUCCCGGUACCUGGUGGUGGUGGAAACAUGCAUGUCCCUGGCCUCGCAGGUGGUAAAGUUAACCAAGCAGCUGAAGGAACAAACAGUGGAGCGUGUCACACUGCAGAGCCAACUCCAACAGCUUCUAGAAGCCCAGAAAUCGGAGGGCAGGUCACUCCCUUCUUCACCCAGUUCACCCUCCUCACCAGCUUCCAGAAAGUCCCAAUGGAAAGCUCCAGAAGCAGACAAUGAGUCUACAAUCAAAAGCAAACCAGGAGUCCAAGAGGGGAUUCAGGUUCUUGGAAGCCUGUCAGCAUCCAGCCGGGCGAGGUCCAAAGCAAAAGACGAGGAUUCUGAUAAAAUCCUGCGCCAGUUACUGGGGAAGGAAAUCUCAGACAAUGUCUGCACCCAGGAGAAGCUGUCUUUGGAAUUCCAGGAUGCUCAGGCAUCCUCUAGAAAUUCGAGAAAGAUCCCUCUAGAGAAGAGGGAACUGAAGUUAGCCAGGCUGAGGCAGAUGAUGCAGAGGUCACUGAGUGAGUCAGAUGCAGACUCCAGCAACUCUGAGGACCCCAAGAACACACCUGGGAGAAAGGCUGACAGGCCCAGGCCGCAGCCCAUUGUGGAAAGCAUGGAGAGCGUAGACAGCGCAGAAAGCUUGCACUUAAUGAUAAAGAAACAUUCCUUGGCAUCGGCACGCAGGUUUCCUUUCAGUAUCAAGGCUUCUAAAUCCGGGGAUGGCCACAGCCCGUCUCCCACCUCAGAGGGCAGUGAACCUGACUUGGAAUCCCAGUAUCCAGGCUUAGGGAACACUCCUCCAGGCCAGCUCUCCAGAGAACCCACUCAGUACAGCCCCGACAGCACAACUGCUCAGAAAAUCGCCACAAGUCCCAAGAGUGCCCUCAAGUCUCCUUCAUCCAAACGCCGCACAUCUCAGAACUUGAAACUCAGAGUCACUUUUGAGGAGCCUGUGGUGCAGAUGGAGCAAAGUAGCCUUGAACUAAAUGGAGAAAAAGAAAAGGAUAGGAGCAGGACCCUCCAGCGGGCCUCCGUGGGCAGCGAGUCAGGGGAACAGUUGAAAAGGCCUUUUGGAACCUUCCGAUCCAUCAUGGAGACAUUAAGUGGCAACCAGAACAAUAAUAAUAACUAUCAGGCCGCCAGCCAGCUGAAGACCUCUACACUGCCCUUAACCUCUCUUGGAAGAAAGACAACAGAUGCCAAGGGAAACCCUUCAAGCUCUGCUAGCAAGGGAAAGAAUAAGGCCGAGAUGUUCAGCAGCUGCAUCAAUCUGUCCUCUAACAUGCUGAUUGAAGAGCAUCUGCAUAACUCUGCACGGCAUAAUGACAUCAAUAGAAAAAUGAAGAAAUCCUACAGCAGAAAGCACAUCGCUGAGCCAGAGUCAAAGGAACUCUUCCUGUAAAUUACUCUUGUCACUCUCACAGUGCCCGCUGGACACUAUUGGAAAUUACUGGACUACCCACUGUGGAAACAGAACCAUAAGAACAAAGCCUCACCAGCAGAAGAACUGUGUUAGGAUGCCUUAACUUUAUAUAUAAGACUAUGUAAGAUACAUUUUUGGAGGUGAUAUCUGUAUAUAUCACUUGUUUUUUAAAAAGAUGCUGUUAAGAGCACGAUCAGGCAAAUUACGUUUGUUAACAUUGGAUUGGUUCACCCUCCUCCCAGGCCACUCAUCUAGCCAUGACACCAUUUGUACGUCAUCAGUUGCAUGAGUAUUUGCUAAUGUUGGUUGAACUUCCCUUGCCCCACAACACAGGCAGCUUUGGCUCAGCUCCUGGAUGAAGCCAGGUCAAUGCUAUUGUUUUCUGUCAGGAGUGUUUUUUUCUGUCAUUUCUACUUUUUUAUAAAGGAAAUAAAACAAUGUUAACAGCCACCCAUAAGCUUUGCAGCACCUACUUUCUAAUAAAUCUGUGAUGUUCUGAUUUCUAAAGAGCUUUGAAAGUAUUUUGGUUGUUGAUAUUUGAUUUCAAGGAUAAACUGCCCUGUUUAGCUAUUUUCCCAUGGGGUCAUAUAAAACAUUCUGUAUUUCAUUAAGUA